GAAUGACAGAGAGGGGUGGAGGUCAGGGGGUGGAGGUCAGUGGAGGGAUUGGCAGAGGGGGGUGGAGGACACUGAGUGUGGAGGCCAGUGGAGGAAUGACAGAGAGGGGUGAGAGGUCAGUGGAGGGAUUGGCAGAGAGGGGUGGAGGCCAGUGGAGGGAAUGACAGAGGGGGGUGGCAGAUACGGAGCGUUUGGUGAGGUGGAUGAGUCUGGCCGCUGAGUUCAGGAUGGACUGAAGCGGGGAUAGCCUGUGUUGGGGGAGGCCGGUGAGAGAUGAACGA